GGGUUACACAGAGAGAGAGAGAAAUAUUUUGAAAACCUGAAAAUUUUCCGCCAUUUGUCGUCUGCACAUGACGUCAUGAAAAGAACCCGGAUGCGGAAGUGAAAGUUUGACCUUUUCUGUCCCGAAUCGAGAGCGAGGUUUCUUCGGAAGUGAAACAAGGAUUCGACAAAAGCCCAAGAAUCGUGGUAGAGCUUGAAAGGUGUUUAUAAUAAUAUAAAAGAGGCAGUGAUCCCAGAGCCAGGAUGUUAGAGGUGACUGUGAAGACUCUGGACUCUGUCUCCAGACCUUUUACUGUGGAUGAAGAGACGACAGUACGCGAGUUCAAGGAGACCAUUGCCGAGUCGGUCAACAUCCCACCAGACAAGCAGAGACUCAUCUUCCAGGGGCGUGUCUUGAAGGACCACACCAAGCUAAAGGAAUACAAUGUCCACGGCAACGUGAUUCACCUGGUGGAGCGAGCCCCACCCCCCAGACAACCCCCCACGUCAUCAUCAUCAUCAUCCGGAGCCUCCACAUCUACAUCCUCCAGCUCCAGCCAAUCAGCAGGCACAACACAGGGAGGAGGAGACAGGAAUGGCAACAACUUUGUGAUUGGUGCAUUCACCCUGCCAGCAGAUGUGGUGGAUCCUAACCAGAUUCAAAAUGUGGUACAGAGUGUGCUAUCUGGUAUGGGUGAUCUGGGAAGGAAUGCUCGGGUGACCUCCAGAGCUUCGCCGGAUGGGUCCUCAGUAGAUGUACACAUUAACCUGGGCCAGAUCGCCAUGCCCCAGCUACAGAGUGAGUCCCAGCUCAGGAUAGACCAGGCACAGAGGAUGGUGCGGGAGGCUCAUGACUGUCUCAACAGACUGGAGAACCCCCCUGGUCGGCAGAGGUCCAACUCCCUCCCGUCCAGUCUGGGUGAACAGCCCCCCCAGGGCGAGGGGGCCGGUGUGACAUCACGUGACGCUGAGUCCAUCCCCUCUUCCACCACCAAUACCACCAGCACAGAAGAACCCAUGGAAACAGAGACAGCCACACCCAGGGAGACAGGGGGUCAAACACAGGAGACUGGAGGAAGUGCCAGUGACACUGCACCUGGUACAGCUGCAGCACCUGGUACAGCUGCGGCACCUGGUGCCAGUGGACCAUCUUCCACCAGUCAGCCAGGUGCUACAGGUGCCAACACCCAGACCUCCACCCCGACAACCAGCGGUACCCCCACUAGUUCUGCUGCCGGGACUGCCAGGCCAGGACCACAACAUCCCGCGCCGGCCGUACUGGCGGACGUGUUUGACGAGAUCCAGGCGCUAAACGAACGUCUGCGGCCCCACAUGGAGAGGUACCACCAGAUCCUCAGGAACGAGGUGGACUACACGGGACAGUUUGAGGAGUAUCGCGAGAAUCAGCGUCUGGUGAACAUCAUCUCCCAGAUCUUACACAACCUGUCCCACGCCUACCACUCGCUGUCGGACAUCAUGUUGGACCUGAGUCGCACCCCGCCCCGCUACCUACGAGCCCCGCCCGCUCCCCAGAUACAGAUGAUGGGGCCUGUACAGACUGCCAGCCAGAUACGGAUUCCAAUAUUGCAGCAAUUCCAAAAUCAGGCCACGUUCACUACAUCCGCACCUGGUAUGGGCGCUGCGGCCUCCCGUACAUCAACCGGCACCUCUGCUGUACCCCAGACCUCCUCGGCAACCUCCCAGACUCCACCAGCACCUCAGGCACAGGUGUCCACUGCCACUACCCAGACUGCUCAUGCACCAGAUACCACAGCUGCACCAACCAGCUCCCAGGAUGCAUCAGCAGCCAAUAAUGACUUGGCUUCUGCCCAUACUCAAACAGAUGGCACCCCAUUGGCCAGUGCCCAGACUCAGACCCAGACAACAGAGAUGAGGACCACCACCACCACUACACAGACCAACCAGGGACAACCAGGUGCAACCUUCCGACAGGUGAUAGGUGGAGGGGGUACCCCCUCUGACCCCCUGGUGAUGCUGGAGAUGGGUCCCCAGGGUUUCUACAUCAACCGUAUCACGGCAACCAUCCACCCCCCUGGACAGGGACCUCAGCAGGCCUCCACAGCAGGUGUGUCUGCAGGGACAAGCACAACAGGUUCCACUGCAAGUUCCACCGCUCAGGGUGCACCCCCUGCAUCCUCCGCCCCUGGACCGAGUGUGACAGUGACCAGACACUUUACAACAACAACUAACCCUGCAGGUGCCAGGUUCUCCACAGGAGCCAUCCCCAUGGCCCCGCCCCAACUCAUGCAGCAGAUCAUGCAGCAAGUAUCCCAGCAUGCCGCCUCAGCCACAGCUACUGCAGCAGCAGCCGCAGCCACUGCAGCAGCCACGGCUGCAGCAAACAUGGCGGGUCCUGGGCAGCGUCAGGGGCAGCAGCCGCCCCAACAACAGCCAGCUGGUAAUGGAAGAACUAGCACCGCCGCCCCAGGUAGACCUGGCACACAGCCCCCGGGUAACAUGGGUCGUCCCCUGCCUCGAUUCACCACCGGGCAGCCGGGGAGGGGCCCCAUGGCCGUCCCAGGGACUGUCGCACUGAACCCCACCGACCCUUUCCUGCCGUGUUCUUCUCGCCACUUCCUCGUGGUCCGUCAGAACCAGAACCAACAGCCGCGGGCCCCGCCACCACAGCAACCACAGCCACAAGCUGGAGUUGUCAGUACUGGUGAUGGACAGCUGGGUGACAUGAUACAGGGAGUGUUACAGGGACUGAUGCAGCAGCAGAACCCGUAUCUACACCCCCAAGGUGCACCUGGAACAGGCCCCAGGGGACCCCCCACCCAACCCCUGAACCCCCAGGCUAUAGUCAACAUGUUUGAUGCCAUCCUCCAACCUCCCGCCUCCUCUGCUGGGGGUCAGGCCCCGCCCCCUGCCACGCCCCAAGGGGCGCAGAGCUUCUCAACCACGUUCCAGGACAUUGUGCAAGACGGGAUCAGGGAGGCCGGGUCCCAAUCCACGAUGUCUAGUUCCUCCACAAACACAACAACAACAACAACCGCCGGCAGCCCCACCACGGAACCCUCCCCGGGCACACAGCCAGCCAAUCAGAGCGACCAGCCCCCCGCCCCGCCCCCGAGAGCCGGCGUGUCGGACGAGACGUUCCACAGCCUGAUUGGUGGGAUCGGGGGGUUCAUGCAGCAGGCAGCGGUCGGUCAGCCGUCCGCAGAGACCAUCGCUGACUUCCUGACCAGGAUAAGUCCUGAGUACAAUAUUCAAGAAGAAGAAGGUUUCCUGGCCGAGCUGUUCCAGUUGCUGACCAGUAGCUUCACCUUCCUUGACCUGAUGAGGCUGUUCUUCGGUCAGUCGGCCCCGCUGGCUAACGUGCGCCCCCAGCUGGAACAGUUUGUCACCAGCCAGCUUCAGGACCAGCCUCCAACUCAGGCCAACAUCCAGGCAGCUGUUGGUAGGAUACUGGACAGUAUGCAGUGUUACAUCACAGAUGCCAUUAAUGAUGCCCAAGUUCAGGGUCAUGACAACAUCGACCUUGUGAGGACACACACAGAGUUCUGUAGACAUCACAUGUACAGGGUCAUGAACAUCAUUGCCAACUCUACGGAUGAUGAUGCAGGUUUUGCCCAGCGACUGUUCGAGGCCUGUCGUGUGGCUGUACAGGAAUGGCUGCGGCUGUCCACAAGCUGUAUAACAGACGGACUGAGAGGCGUGGAGAGGAUCAUUAACAGCAGGAUGAGAGUGCUGGCUGGUGAGGUGAACCCAGCCAUCCUGACCUGGAUGCAGACCAUGUCCACAGGACACCUGCGGAACCUGAUGCAGACGGUCAGUGUCCCCGAGAGCCAGAUCCAGCACUACUACGUCAGGAGGGAGCCACAGCCGGCGCAGGUGGAACAGGCUGCACCUGACAGCACACCUGCAGCACCUGACACUGUUGCUGAAGAAGUCACUCCCACCCCAGACAAUAGAGCACAGGAGGUUACCAGGGCAGAGGAGGUCACCAGCUGCCAGGGACAGAAAAGGGAUCGAGCAAAUGCUGAAGAAAGCCGACCACAAGAGAAUACUGGGAGGAGUGAGAAAGCCGGCUCCCUGAAUGGUGUCCCCGAACCUGAGGCUAUGGAUGAUGAGGAGGAGCCAGCAGGUGCACCAGGCCUGCCAUGGCAGUCAGUGGUACCUGCUGAUUGGGUGCCAGUCAUCCAGAGGGACAUUGAAACCCAGAGAAGCCUGCAGCCCCAGCCACCAUUCAGUGAUGCCUACUCCACAGGAAUCCCUGCCAAGAGAAGAAAGACUUCCCACGCUGGAAGGGAGAUCGGUUCCAUGUCAUCAGUUGUUCCCGAGGCCCUGAAGCAGGCCGUGCUGUCCUCAGGGGUCCAGCCCACAACCAGUAUGGAGGAGUUCACAGAGGAGGCUGAGAGCAGCGCCACCUUGCAUGCUGCUUAUGAACAGCAGGUGCGUAGCAGCGUUAGACGCCGGCUCAGAAACGACCCCAACUACACGCCAGAACGUUUCCCCAGCACUCACAAGUACUUUGAAGAGGACAAUCAAUAAAUGUAUUUCACUGUAGAGACCGUCCACAUCAAACAUCAUCAUACGUAGAAUUGCCACUUCUGUCAUACCUGGGCCACGUUGAUACUGGUGUUCCAGACUGGGCGAUAACUUUAGCCAUCAGGCGUUCCUACCGAUAGAUGGGCUGAUACCUCGGUUGUAACGGAACACACCGUGUUGUAUACUUUAUUUACAUUUUUUUGCUCCGACUGCCUUAAAAUGCCACAAGCACGGCAGCUUUAGUGAUUACGGUAAUCAGGACUUUUGGAAACGCCAACACUGUAAAUAAAGAGCAUUGCGUUAUAUCAAGGGGGUUAUAUAGACCUCCUUGGUUAUAUGGAUAAGUACCCUGUUACAGUAAGUAAACUUGAACAGUCGUUUGUCAGUAAUUCAAAGUAUUGUACAGCCAAGGCAUUUGAUAAUAUGUUUGUUUAGGUAGGUUUGCUACCAAAGGAUGGUAAGCAUUUUAAAUGAAUACCUGCUAUUACAAGUGCAAAGUUGGUGUAUAGUUGAGAGCUUUGCAGGGAAAACGUUAAAGAUUAAUCUUCAACAAGAUGACACAUUUCUGAUCUAAGAAUACUCAUGAAGAAAACUGAAAGCGAUCUUGAACCAGUUUAGCUCCUAUGAACUCAAUGAACAGAUGAGUUACUCAGCCACUGUGACAGAGAAGACAGAUGCUUUGUACAGUAUUUACAGGUUCACUGUUACACAGAAAUUCUCCUAGCUCUUUUCGACAAGCACAAUGAACUGCAAUGCUAAUGUGCAUGUCAGGUGAGCGACAUAGCCGGAAUUUGAACUCGCAACUACUCAACCCAGAGGCGAUUCAUGCUACAAAUUCAUGCACAUGUAGAUAAUUGUUGCCAAACAUGUGUUACUCAUCAACUUCUGAAGUCAUCUACUGUAGAAUAUGUUGUAUGGGAAAAAAGGUACUUCAGAAAAGAAGUGCAUAUCAAUUUUUAUCAUACAUUAUACUUGAGGAUGGUAAAUUUGGUGGUAAAGUUUUCUGUAGGUUGUACAUGAAGCGAUAAUGAAUGCCCGGUAAAAGACAACAUAUACAGGCAAGGCAGUAUUCGGCUUUGAGCCCGUAAAGUAUUCCAUUUGGGAACUAACAGAAACAAACAUUUGCAAGUAAUGAAAUAAAGACAGUUUUAUCCUGUUCGGGUGUAUUUAAACAAUCAAUUUUUUGUUUUGAUUUUUUUUUGGGGGGGGGAGGAGUGUAACAGUGUGAUACUGAAUAAAUGUAUCUUAUAUUCUUGAUAAUUGGAAGAAAGGCAUUAGGUUGCAGGAAAAAAUGAGUUUAUUCACAGUUAAGUCUUGGCUAAGGAGAGCUGCGAAUGCCCAUAUAUGAGAAGAAAGGGACAACAACAGCUGCAGGUGCGAAAGUCAUAAUGCAUGUUCACCUAUAUCUGUGGAGUAGCCUAUAUCCGUUGUUUUUAAAACUUGGUAUUUAUGGAUUUCAAGUCAAUGGAAAUUACUUUUAAAAUACAAAUGUAUUUCAGUUUGAAACCACCAUCCUUUGACAUGAUAUCCCAAAAUAUCCUGUUUUUUUAAAAUAACGGAUAUACGUUACCCCACAUAUAAAGGUAAACAAUUAUCUUUUCUUUAUUGUUAUACCCAUACUUCCUUGUUUUACAUCUCACUGGCUCUUUCAUGUGUAUUUAGAUUUCAAUAUGUUCAAUGAAAUGGAACAGUUUUAGUUAAGUUGAUGUUUACAAAGAGAUAUGUGAACAUGCCAUCCUUCCAUUAUCAGAUAAAGUCAAUGUACACAAUUUAUAGUAUUGUCAGCACGAAUAAAAAUGUGAUGAAAAAA